GGCAAUCUUUCUUGACACAUGCAAACCCCUGUAAACUAGACAUCGCAUUAGUUUUAGUGCUUUCCGUAUGUGGCGUGUUGCAGCUCGGGUACACCGUCUCAGACGAGCUAGAGUAUAUGACCAGAACGUGGCAUUCAUCCGAGUUAACUGGGGGGACUAAUGCUUUUUUCCUCCCUCUUUUUUGAGAUUACAUUUGAUUCUGUCUAUCUUCUUAACACUGCCUAUAUGCUCGACCGCGGAUGAUAAAUCACAAUGGAGGACAAGCCCGGCUCAAUAGAACUCCACCCAGACUACAAGUAUUGCGGAAGGAAUUUCACGACGACAAUCCAUCACGAUACAUACCCUGCCAUUUCCCCACUACUAGCGAACCUUUCAGGACAAACGGUGUUGGUCACUGGAGCUUCAAGAGGGAUUGGUGCCACCACCGCCGCCGCAUUCGCACGAGCAGGAGCAUCACAGAUCGUAAUCCUAGCACGUGGGAAUCUUGAUGGUACGGAGAAGCGCAUCCUCGACGAGGCCGCUGCUACAGGGAGAUACGUGCCGGAAAUCUUGAAGCUGCAUACUGAUAUUACAGAUGCAAAAGCUGUUGCAGCGGCCGCCAAUGAGAUUAGGGCUCGAUUCGGAAAAGUGAAUAUACUGGUCAAUAAUGCUGCGUUCUUGGGGAAAGAAGCCUCUAUUACAGAGAGCGACCCUGAUGAAUGGUGGCGGUCGUGGGAAGUUAAUAAUAAAGGCACAUAUCUCGUCACAAGAGAGAUCCUGCCCCUUUUGUUUGCGGCUGGUGAUGGACAAGAUGUCCUCAGACAGGUGGUGAACUUGACGAGCAUCAGUGCACACCUCGGUUGGCCUGGCCACUCGAGCUAUACGACAACCAAGUUGGCAGUUAUACGCUUCACUGAGAGAAUAUGUGCAGAAUAUGCAGACAAGGGUGUGAUAUCAAUUGCACUGCACCCUGGGCUCGUGGCCACGGAUAUGGGGGAAACAGUUCCAGAAAACAUGAGACCUUAUUUCGGAGAUACCCAAGAGCUCAGUUCGGACACCGUCGUAUGGCUGACGAAAAAGCCGCGCAGAUGGCUUGCUGGUCGCUAUGUGGAUGCAACAUGGGAUAUGUUGGAACUAGAAGAAAAAAAGAAUACGAUUGUAGAGAAUGAUCUCCUGAAGGUUAGAAUGAGAUUAUCUGCCGAUUGAGCGGGCUCCAAGCACAUUACCGUUUGAGGCGAGCUAGAUGAACCAAUAAAUUAAAAAGAGCCCGUAUUUUUGAAUAUUGCUUGCUGUGCGAUUCCAGUCUAAGAACUCAUGCGAAAUGGAACCCGACUUUGGGGGAAAAAAGAUAUAUGCAUAGAGGAGACAGA